AUGUCCACCAUCACAUCCUCGCGGACGAAGACUCCUGUGAUCAUUGAUACCGAUCCCGGUGUCGAUGAUACUAUAGCAAUACUUAUGGCACUGACAUCUCCCGAACUCGAGAUUCUGGGAUAUACCAUCUCCUUCGGAAACACGGACAUCCCUGCUUCAUAUGCGAACAUCUACAGAAUCUAUCAGGCCGUCCAAAAAGAGGUGGAUUAUAAUCCAGAAGCACGGCUUCGCUUCCCUGGCUUCUUCCAAGACCGCAAACCUUUCCUUGCUAAGGGCGCGGAAGAGCCACUCGGCGGCGAGCUUCAUACAGCGCAAUACUUCCAUGGUCGUGACGGCUUGGGCAAUGCCACACAAAAUCACCCCGACCUAGAUGUCCCAUCAUCGGUGAUCGAAGCUCCAGAGCAUCCAAAGUUAGCACCUACUACUCGUCCAGGCUUUGAAGUUGGUCUAGAGAUGCUGCGCGAAUUCCCUGCGAGAGCUAUCACAUACAUCGUUCUCGGACCGAUGACGAAUCUCGCUCUUAUGAUGCGCGAGGACGCGAAACUGGUACGAGAACGUAUCGGGAGAGUGUCUGUGAUGGGUGGUGCAUUCGAUGUGCCCGGCAAUAAGACCGCCUCCGCCGAAUUCAACUUCUUCGCCGAUCCUUACGCAGUCGCAGAAUUGCUCACGCCAGGUCCCUCUAACGGAAUUCCACCGCCCCACCAAGGCCUACCCCUUUCACGCGUCCUCAUCCUUCCUCUCGACAUCACCACAAAACACAUGCUCUUCUUCCCCCUCUACACCGAUACCAUCGACAAAGGUUUCCAUCCUCAAAACCACUCUAUCGCGGAGGACAAAUCACCGAUGAGACACUUUACGAGUGCUUUUCUCCAGCGUACGAGGCGGGUGAUGAAUGAGCGUGGAAAAGACGCCAUGGAAAUGCACGAUGUGACGGCAGUUUGGGCAGCAGUGGCGAACCCGCCAGUCCAAGAUGCUGCUGAUGAAGCUGAGUUUGGACUGGCGGAUGGGUGGAAUAUCGCCCGGAGGAAGUUUGUUAUAGAACGGACGGGUGAACAUACCCGCGGGAUGUGCGUUAUAGACCGCAGACACUCAGGAUACGCUUACGCUCCUGGCCCAAAUCGUGCUGAGAUGCAAGCGGCUCUGGAUCGGGAAAAUGUCAAGCAUGGGCCGUUCGAGUCGACCGCCGUGCCAGCUCAAGUCAUGGUGGAGAAUAAGGCGCAGACGAAGCCAGCCACGGAGGGACUUGAGGGUGUACCAAUUGUGACGCGUAGUCCUGGGUCGGAGGCUCUUGUUCAGACUUUGUUUGAGAGGAUAUGGGGAGUGAAGAGUUAGUGGAAAUGGGAGAAUUUUCAUGACGUGUUGU